AUGGAAGCUGCUGCCAUGGAUCAAAACCCUAGAGUUGUUGUUCCAAGGAGAAAGACAAAGAACUUCCGGCGAGGGAGGAAUGUGGGUCCUAGGUUGAGGUCAUCACGAACAAGCUUAGCUGGGAAUUUGGCGGAGGGUAGCAGAACUGCUACUCGUGUGUGGGAGCCAGAAAGUGAAGCUUCGAACUUUGGAUCAACUGGCAACUGGGGUGGUACUGUAGCUCCAUCUUCUUCAAGGUCUGGCGGGAAAAACAGUAUGGGUAGAAGGAAGGUGGGUCUGAGGCUCAGUCCUGGCCCAAGUCAUGGUAUUCAAGCUCCUAGCUUUCCCAACGGGAAGGGUUCUUUGAUUCCUUUACCUCAAAGUCCUGACGAGCAAAAUGGGUCUGAGGUUACAACUCUCAUGAUUAAGAACAUCCCUUGGAACCUUAGAAGGGGCGAUUUGCUGCUCAUAUUGAAAGAGCAUUGCCAAGAAGAGAACAAAAAGGCUGGUUCUUUGCUUAAAUCGGAGUUCAAUUUCUUCUAUUUACCACUGGAUUUCGAAAAAUUUUGGAAGAGGAAAAGGAUUUCAAAUCUUGGGUAUGCGUUUGUGAAUUUCACCACUGCUGUUGGAGCACAAAGGUUCUAUGAGAAGUACCACAUGUUUAUGUGGAAGGAGAUCAUUCAGAGCACCAAAGUCUGUGAGAUAUCAUGCGCCAAGAUCCAGGGUUUCAAGGCAUUGGAGAAAUGGUUUAGAGGUAAACUGUACCGUGGUCUCAGAAACGAUUUCUUGCCUGUGAUCUUGGCUCCUGCUUGUGAUGGAGUGAGGGAGUCCAACCACAUACCUGUGGGACAUCUUCUGUGA